ACACCGUGGUAUAUACAUAUAAAAGUUGUAAAUGAACAUUCGUUAGUAACCGUCUAAUGGUAAAAGACAGAGUUUACGUCUGUCGAUAUUCCCAUUGUGCUUCGACUGCUUCGAUCGUCGUCCACUAUCUCGUGGCAAUCGUGGCAUGCCAUGUGUAGAGAUCCCAGCCAUGUGACGCAUUAACCUGCAAAAGUUGUUUACACAAGAGGAUAUAUUGAUAUAUACUGGUUGUACAUUUUGUUAAUAUUUAAAAAACGAUGGAAAGCAGUGAGAAAGUGACGUGUAUGAAAGAUAUAUUAAAUGACAAUAUGAAACCAAAAACGAACGAAGAUAUGCUAGAAACUUCGCCUGUUAUCAAAAAACGUGAGAAACAAUACAUCCCAAGAGGCAAACCAAAAUCCGGUAGGAUAUGGAAAGAAGAAAAAACAAAAUUUUCUUCUAUAAUUAAAACACGUGGAAUUCGAUUAUCGUUUGCUAAGAAACAAAAAUUAAGAGAGGAUCUAAAACGUGUCAAGGAAAUGUCAAGAGAAAUCAAAGAACGAAAAAAGACAGAAAAGGAAGCUAAGAAGCAACGAAGGAGAGAAAAUUUGAAGAGAGCGGAAGAAAAUAGGAAGAAGAAUGAAAUUGUACAAGUUAUUAAGAAUCCUGCAAAAAUAAAAAGAAUGAAGAAGAAACAAUUGAGAAUGAUUGAAAAAAGGACACAACCAACAUGUAGUGGUAAACAAAAUAAUGUAAAUACUAUUGAAUAUAUAAUAUCAAUAAUUACUGUCUUGUCUUAAUCAUUUCUAAUAAAAU